GCUUCGCACACUUGAUGGUACUGCCGUCAAUGGUGUGGAGCUUAGGGUGGUGGAGGCUAAGAACCUCCCAAAGCCGGUAAAGAUGGCCUGGAAAUCCAGGAACGUCACGAGGCAGGACACAGGGCGGGUCAUGAGGUUGCUGCAGAGGUUACAUCCGAGCCUGAAGACCUCGAACUGGAGCAUUGUUGGCUCCACUGUAGAAGGAAUGGCGGUCAGGAGAAUCGUCCUGAUGGACGAGGCCUCUGCGGCGUACAUUAAAGCCCGUCAGUACAUCCUGAACACUGGGAUUGACCGGAGCAUCUUCAAGCUCCUCGAGUACGAUGUGAGGCGUGGGGAUGAACCGGUCAGUGCCAGUGUGACGGCUGAACAGCGGGGGGAUGCGGUGGCGGUGCCGGAAGACUGCCCGCGGACAGAGGAGCAGGCCUUGGAACCGAUAGCGGGACCUAGUGCGGGUGAAGGGCUAUCCGGAGGGACUGGGGGUGGGGAGGAGGAGCUGGUGGUAGAUGAACCUGCUGCCGCUCCGUCUCCCGCAUCCAUAGGCUCGCUGGAAGCCAUAGCUGACCUGGACCUGGGACGGUCCUCGCCGCUGGAGUAUGAUAUCUCCGCGGAUGAGGAGACCGAGCUCGGGGACAGAAUUUGACGUCUGCAGCUCUCUUCGGGGGUUUAAGGGAUCUCACAGCAGUGAAGAUCCAAAGGGAGGGGGAUUUGCGAGGAGUGAUAGUGGCAUCGGCAUAUCUCCCAUAUGAAAAGGCAGAUCCUGUGUCAAGGCAAAUGCAGGAUCUGAUACAACACGGCAACCAAGAAGAUCUGGAAACCAUCAUUGGCUGCGAUGCGAAUGCUCAUCAUGUUGUGUGGGGCAGCUCAAACAACAACGCCAGAGGAGAGAGGUUACUGGAUUUUCUGGUGAGUUCUGAAACACAUGUUAUUAACAAGGGUAACAAACCUACAUUCUUCAAUGCCCGGAGGGCAGAGGUGAUUGACCUGACGCUUGCAUGUAAAAAGGCAGUCCGGAAAAUCACUAACUGGUAUGUUUCGGACGAGAUAUCAUUGUCUGACCAUAACUAUAUAUGCUUUAGGUAUAAUGCUCCUAUAAGAAAAGACGCAAUAAAAAGAAGGAAUCCCAGGAACACUAAUUGGGAAGACUUCAAACGGGACCUAAGGACGGAACUUAGUGAACCAAAAUGCAAACUUAACUCUGUGCUUGAAAUAGAGUUUGACGCUGAUCGAAUCACCAAUGCCUUGAAGACUGCCUGGAGGGAUAACUGCCCGGAACGCGAGGCGGGAUCGAAGAAACUUCCAUGGUGGACCAAGGAAAUAGCCCUCUUACGAAGGGAGACA